CCCAGGGCCCCGCGGGUGGGGGAGGUGCCGGCCUCGCGGCGGGGGGAGGGCGCCCUCUCGGGCCCGGCCGGGCCGGCAGCAGCAGGGUCGGGGGCCGUUUGCCGCCGCAGCCGCCCGGCUGUUGCCGCUGUGCCCGCUGCGCUCAGGACUCAUUCAUGAACUUCAUUCUUACACUGCGAUCAUUCAAAUAUAAACAUCUUUCAACUCAACACAGGCAAAUUCCCGUGGAGGAUCCCUUUCCGUUCAGAGACUCCACCAAGCUCCUGGUGACCAGGGUGGUAUAGCCUGAACCCGUCAGGGUAAUUCUAGAAGCUAUGGACAUACUCUUUAGAAUACGAGGAGGCUUGGAUCUGGCAUUUCAGCUUUCAACUACUGAUGAGGCAUCAACAAAAGAGGCAUUAAAAUAUAUUUUCAGUGAUCUUGCAAACAAACUGUCUUCAGAUGUUCUUGUAUUACGGAUUUGCCACAGUUCGGUCUAUGUGUGGCCUAACAAUGGUAUGAACACUGUUCCAUCAGAACUGACUGAUGAUUCUGCUUCUAAGGAGAUAAUAAGAUUUAUACAAUUUGAUCAAGAUGAUGAGACCAGACGAAAGCUUGGCAAAAAAAAGGAUAAAAAGUUGCAAGAUAUGCAGCAGAUAGUCAAUAUAGACCUGAUGUUAGAGAUGACAUCUUCAUUAGCUGCUUUGGCUCCAGUCAUUGAAAGGGAAAACAAGGAACACCACUAUAUUAAUAUGACGUUACCAGUUGAUGUUGUUGUAUCUGUUUCUCCAGAAGAAACUUGGGGAAAGGUGCGGAAUCUGCUGGUGAAGGCAAUUCACAGGCAAUUGAGUGAUAUGGAAAGAUGUAUCAUGAAAUACAGGAAGGGAACAUCAAUUGUGGUACCAGAACAAUUUCAUUUCAUGUUACCAGGAAAAAAUCACCUUGUAACAAUCUCCUAUCCUACAGGUAUUUCAGAUGAUCAACUGGAAAGUUACAGAAAGGAAUUACACGGAUUGUUCAAUCUACCAUGUGAUAGACCGUUUUUCAAGAGAGCAAAUGCUUAUCAUUUUCCAGAUGAACCAUAUAAAGAUGGAUAUCUCAGAAAUCCACAUGUACAUCUUAAUCCACCUGGUACAGAUGCUGGUAUGGUUUAUUUAGUACAUGGCAUAUAUAGUUACCAUCACUAUAUGCAGGAUCGGAUUGAUGACAGUGGUUGGGGCUGUGCCUAUCGGUCUUUGCAGACUAUCUGUUCUUGGUUCAAGCACCAAGGUUACAUGGAUGCAUCUAUACCAACACACAAGGAAAUUCAACAGGCAUUGGUUGAUGCUGGAGACAAACCAGCAGCAUUUGUUGGGUCACAGCAAUGGAUUGGCUCUAUUGAGGUACAGCUUGUUUUGAACCAACUGUUUGGAAUAACAUCAAAAAUAUUGUUUGUCAGCCAAGGUUCUGAACUAGCUUUGCAGGGAAGAGAACUUGCUAAUCAUUUCAAUACUGAAGGAACUCCAGUUAUGAUUGGUGGAGGUGUUUUGGCUCAUACAAUAUUAGGAGUGGCUUGGAAUGAGAUUACAGGGCACAUAAAAUAUUUGGUUCUAGACCCACAUUACACUGGAGGAGAAGAUCUGCAUGUUAUUUUGGAAAAGGGUUGGUGUGGAUGGAAGGGCCCAGAGUUCUGGAACAAGGAUGCUUAUUAUAACCUGUGCCUACCACAACGACCAGAAACUAUUUAAAUUCUAAUCUUAUGCUGGAACAUGCUGAACCAGAAUACUAGCUGAUCUAGAUAUAACUGUCUCAUUAUUUAUGUUGUAUACAGAAUAUCUGGAAAAAGCUUCAAGUCAGUCAAUACCCAGCUGAAAUAGAAAUGUUACUUAAGUAACUUUUAAAUUAAGAACUUAAAAAAAAAAUACCUUUAAAAAUAAUGGAACUGCUGUGAACUGUAUUUCUGUACAAAUACAUUUAUUAAGUAA